AUGGACAGGCUCCUCAUCGUGCUGGACCAGUGGCGCUUUGAUUUCACGGGAUCGUACCUUCCGUCAGCGAAACGGCUGGCCAAAGAAGGGGUGCGCUUCAACCGCGCGUACACGGCCUCACCCAUGUGCAGCCCCGCGCGUGCGGCCCUGCACGCGGGCAGGGAGUUUGCACACAUGUGGGUCAGAAACAACAGUGAGUACUGGUAUGAGCACAUGCCGACUCCCCACAUGCCGAGCUUCAUGAACGUGCUCCGGGGCGCGGGGUACGCCACCAUGUUGGCUGGCAAGGAUCACUUGUCGCGCCCGCCCGUGUCAGCGGUUGGCAUGGACGCCGCAGGCGUGGACGUCUUCGCCCGCGCCAUAGACAAGUACGCAGUGUGUGGCGGCUGGCCUGGAGUUUGGGAUGAUUUCGGCAGGUACCUGCUUGAGCGGGAUAUGCUCGGGCAGCAUUGCCUCGCAUAUGGAGUGUAUGGCACGGGAAGCGCCUGCAUCGACACGCACGUCUGCGACUCCACGGGCUCCGAGUGCGGCUUUAGGUGCAACAAAGCAGUUCCGGUGGAGACGGAGCACAGCGUCGACAAAUGGGUGGGCUCCAGCGCUCGGCAGAUGCUGAUGGAUCACCGGAAGCGUCAUGGACAGACCAAGCCCUGGUUCCUGGAAGUGGCGUUCAGCGGCCCCCACCCGCCGCUGAUUGCGAACACCACCUACCACGACUGGGAGCUUCCCAGCGCCUUCGACGAAGGCGCCUUCGAUUGGGAGCUGGUCUUCCAACAAGGUGUGCCCAAGCACAUCCCUCACAGAUUUAAGUCCACCGUGAACGUGCGCGAGAGCCGUGCAGGGUAUGCGGAGCUGUUAAGCCGCAUAGAUGUUGAGAUCCAACAGAUCUUGGAGUUGGUGGAGCCGGAGCGUAGCAACACUGUCAUCGUGCUUACCUCGGACCACGGGGAGCACCUAGGGGACCACGGCUUCUUCGGCAAGACCAGCCCCAUGGAAGUGAGCCUGCGGAUCCCGAUGCUCAUCUCCGGGCCGGCCAUGAGGGCCAACGUGGUGGAGGACGGCUUGGUGUCGCUGAUUGACGUGGGGAGGACUUUUAUUGAACUGGCUGGUGCACAAGUUCCGGCGAGCAUGCAAAGCCAUUCUCUGCUGCCGGCAUUGCUGGGCUCGGGGCCUUUGGCCCGGGACUUUGUGGCGACCGGCCUCGACUUCUGGGAAGAGUAUUUGGACGAAAACACCAGCCUGGGCCGGAAGCAGUUUCAGACCGCGGCCGGGAUGUUUGAGGGUAGCUUCCUGAAGCUGAUUUGCUGCCCUGCGGGCUGCAGGAAGCACGGGAGCUUGCUACCACAUGUUGGCUUUGUUCCCCAGGUGGCGCUCAUGAACGUCACCGAUGGCGUUGGUGCCGCCAAGUUCGAGCACAACGUGCUGGACCUCUCCUCGGGCUUCGGUGUGCCGGAAGCGCGGCAGCUGAUGCGCCACCUGGGCCACGGGUUCCAGGCGGCCUGCCGGCCGCUGCUGAACCGGUGA